UCCCGAGCCGCUCUCCUCCCAUCAUCCUCCCAUCAUCCUCCCAUCGUCCUCCGAGCGGCUCGUUUCCCUGGAAACGCGAGGAGGAGCAUCCCCAUCAGCCUCCCGGGGAGGGAGGGAGCGAGGGAGACGGAGUGGAGGAGAAGUUUGUAGUUGGAGCCAGAGCUGGGUGCCGGCGGGGGGGACCAGGAGCCUCGUCACCCCCCUGUUCCUCUCUCUCCGUCCUUCCUCCUCCUGUUCUCGGCCGGCUGCCCCCCCAGCUCCCGCCGUGGGGUCUCAGCUGUCCGUGUCUGUCCCCCCCUCCCUGGCCGCCUACCUCCCCCGGCUGCUGGGAGCCUCGGGGCCGCUGCGCCGCCGGAGGAUGUCUCGCCGGGAGACGCCGCCGCCGCCGGCCUCGCCGCCGGCCCGGCGGGGGGGGGACGAGGACCGGCCGGAGCGGGCUGAGCCGCUGACGGACGCAGAGAGGGAGAUCAUCCAGGACACGUGGGGACACGUCUACCAGCACUGCGAGGACGUGGGGGUGUCGGUGCUCAUACGGUUCUUCAUCAACUUCCCGUCGGCGAAGCGGUACUUCAGCCAGUUCCAGGACAUGGACGACCCCGAGGAGAUGGAGCGCAGCGGCCAGCUCCGGCUGCACGCCCGGCGGGUCAUGAACGCCAUCAACAGCGUGGUGGAGAACCUGCACGACCCGGAGAAGGUGUCGGCCGUGCUGGCCCUGGUGGGGAAGGCCCACGCCAUCAAGCACCAGGUGGAACCCAUCUACUUCAAGAUCCUGAGCGGCGUGAUGCUGAACGUUCUGUCCGAGGAUUUCCCAGAGUUCUUCACGGCCGAGGUGCAGCUGGUGUGGACCAAGCUGAUGGCGGCGCUGUACUGGCACGUGACGGGCGCGUACACGGAGGCGGGCUGGCUGCAGGUGUCCAGCUCGGCGGUGUGAGGCCGGAGGGAUGGGAGGAUUCAGAGGAGGAGAGAAGAGUUGAGGGGGAGGGUUUACGGGUCCGGCUAGCGCGGUUUAUGUGCAACAUCCUUCCUUAUUUUGGUGUUUCUGCACCGCGGCGGCCGGCCGGUCGGACGCCCGGAGAUGUCGCCCGACGCCGUCCUCGGUCUUCGCUUGUGUCAGUGGAGCUUCGCUAACGCCGACUGUCCACUUCUCCUCCUGUUAGCUCCUGUCGCAGCCGUCUGCUGCAACGUGACGUCUCCGUGUGACGCAGAGGUCACAGCUGUUUUGUUUUUGAUUUACCUCAGAGAUGUUGCAGAGUUGGGAGAGCGUUCCUGGUUUCAUGUUUUUAGCUCGCUGGCUAAACAUUUUGGCUAUGCAAGCGAGAACCAGGUCAAAGGUCGGGCUCUUAAAGGCUACGUAGCAGCGAUGCUGUAUCAUGCUAAAAGGCUAAAGCUAGUAGAAGAUGUAACUUUAUUUUUUACCUCGGUUGUGUUACGUAAAGAAAAUCUGCCUCGAUGGGACGAUAAAAGUAAAUAACGUGAAGAUUUCAUCAGAAUCGUGACUUUAAUCUCCAAAACGUCGUUAGCUCGUCAUGUUACGAGAGUCACGCGGGAGCAAAGGUUAUCGUUAACGGAUCUGAUGAAACGCACCGUCGUCAGACGCUAGCUUUACGGACCGACAUUAGUCUGGUUCAUGUAGCAACUUUAGUAAAAACUGUCCGGAGCUGCCAGCACAGUUACGUUUACUCAAAUCAAAUCAAAUCAAACUUUAUUUUUAAAGCACCUUUCAUACAAAAAAAAUGUAACACAAAGUGCUUUUCAUAAAACAUAAACAUAAAAUGUAUUAGUGCCCCCCCCCCCCUCCCCCUCCCCGCACACACACAGAUAGACACACGCAGACACAUGGUGCAGACAUGGCUAGGCACAGAGGAUCCAGGUGAGGAAACGGUAACAGGGAGCCGUCCACGCCAGGAGGUCCCAUAGCCCGCAGCUAGAAGGGGGGGGGGGGCCCACAGAGACCAUCCCGGCCCGGACGGAUAGAGAAGUCCACACCACAGCGGUGAAGCCGUGGUGCAGAACUCCACCACCAUCCAGGCCAGAACCAUCCCCAGGACGACCCCCUGCAGGCCAGAGUCACUCCCAGCAUGGAGGCUCCCCAUGAGGAAACACUGGAGAUAAAAGCUACAAGAAAACAGGAUAAAAUACACUAAUAGAGUUUAAAAAGUAUAACAUAACGUAAAAUCCUAAAAGUAUGUCUAAAAAGCAAGACAUUAAAAACUAAAGGACUAAGACAGUAAAAUGUAUAAAAUAGACCAUAAAUAACGACUAAAAUAUUUAGAUAAAACAUUAAGAUAAAACAAUGAGAAUAAAUUAUGAUAAUAAAAAAGGAUAAACUAACUAUAAAACAGAGUAGUAAGAUCCAAUAAAAAUAAGGGUGAGCAUAAAAAAUGUAAAAGAGUUAAAUGAGUCAGUUAAAAGCCUGAUUAAAGAGAUGAGUCUUGAGCCUCUUUUUAAAAACAUCAACAGUCUCUGCGGCCCUGAGGUCGCCAUUUAUUAGUCACAUAAAUGUAAAUUAAACUCAAAUAGAUAUUUUAAAGUUUCACUUCACUGAUUCGUCAUAACUUCUAUACAGGAUUUGAAUAAUUUAAUCCGUAUUGUAUAAUAAAAAUAUAGGCUAAAAAAAUAAAAUAGCCCCUUUAACAUGAGCUUUUAUUGUGAAAAACUGCAGAAAGAUUCCAACUGUUGCAAAGUGAAGAAAGAGGACUAUCUUAUCUUAUCUUAUCUUAUCUUAUCUUAUCAUUUACCUCUGACCUGCUGGUAGCUCGGGGCGGCGUCUUAACUGUUCAAGGUUGUAUUUAUGUACGAAAACGUUGUUAACUAUUACUAAGCAGAUAAAUAGAUAUUUCAACGUUUCACUUCAGUGAUUCGUCAUCAUUUCUAAACAGGAUUUGAAUUCUUUAAUCUGUAAUGUAUACUAAAAAUAUAUGCUACAAAAAAAUGAAACGGCCCCAUUACCAUGAGCUUUUAUUGUGAAAAACUGCAGAAAGAGUGCAACUGUUUCAAGGCGAAAAAAGUAUAAUUAGCCAAUGAUUUUAAACAGAAAUAGCGUUUUUUGGACUAUGUAUGAUCCAAAUGUGUAAUUUACAACGGAGUAUUAGGGCCAAACUGAGAAAAAAAAAAAAAUUGGAAAUUACGAGAACAAAGACAUAAUAUAAUGAGAAUAAAGUCGUAAAAUUACGAGAAUAAAGUCAUAAUGUUGCAAGAAUAAAGUCGUGAUAGAAUAAAGUCAUAAUAUUAUGAGAAUAAAGUCGUAACAUUACGAGAAUAAAGUCGUAAUUUAUGAGAAUAAAGUCGUAAUAUUACAAGAAUAAAGUCGUAAUUUAUGAGAACUCUAACAGGAAGAGUGUGUUAAAAUGUUGAAUA